AAAAUACGAUAAUUGUACUACUGAAAGAAGCGACUAAAACCCUCUCUAAAGACCUCAGAAAAAGAGUUGUCUCCGAUUUGCAGAGAGGAGAGAGAAAUUUGGGCAAAAAUGGCGAGAAUUGGAGUUGCCUAUUUGAUCCGUUCUCAAGCAACUCAGCUCAUUUCCAGAAACGUUUCUUCAGGUUACAACAGCUUUAGGUCAGAAGCACCGAGAUUAUACCCAAACACCGAAUUAUAUUGUAGCUCUUCUAUUCUGACUACUAUCCAGAAGAGGUGGGCUUCUCACAGCCCUAAAACACAAGAUGAAAGCAAGAUUAGCAUUGGACCGCGUAAAGGGCUAGAAGCUGGUGAAGAUGGCAAGGAUAUUGGGGUAGCCUAUUAUGGUCCGAUCUCAUCUACUAUCAGGAAAGUCAAGCUCCUCUCUCUCUCCACCUGCUGUUUAUCCGUAUCUCUGGGUCCUGUGAUAACCUUUAUGACAUCCCCUGAGAUGAAUGUGAUAUUGAAAGGUGGUGUUGCAUCUACUGUUAUGUUCCUAAGUGCUACUACCACUGCUGCCCUUCAUUGGUUUGUGAGCCCUUACAUUCAUAAGAUCAGGUGGCAACCCGGUUCUGAUACCUUUGAGGCAGAAAUGAUGUCGUGGUUGGCUACCCCAUUAACCAAGACUGUCAAAUUCGCUGAUAUAAGGAUUGCAGAGACCAACAGGCCAUACGUGUCGUUCAAAGCUAAUGAAACAUUCUAUUACGUGGAUCCAGACCACUGUCCAAACAAAGCUUUGCUUGCUAAAUUGACUCCCCACAAAUCUGCUAAUGAAUCAGCCUUCAAGAACUUGUGAUUGAAAACUGUCCCAACAGUGAUUUUGCAGAUUAUUUUCUACGUAAGUUGGUUUCUUUGAGCAAUACUUAGUCUACAAUAACCUUUUAAGUGAGUUAAACAUCGCCAAAUCAGCGGUAAAGCAUACUGUGUUGAGAUUUUGGGAUUUUAUCAUUGAAUAAAUGUGUUUGUAUUCUUCAAGUUUUUUGUUUAUAUUGAUGUAUGAUGCUUAAAAGUGCAUGAAAUUUCUCCGAAUUUGCAAUGAGCAGAUGCAGAUGCUAUUCCAUGAGAAAACAUUAAUAAUUUUUAUUUUAUUUUUCGCUUUUA